UGUGAUGAUGUGUUCAUGUUUCCUCAGAAACGAGACGUGUCAUCAGAGGACAAAGAGAAGUUUCCUUAUGACAUUGUAAAGAUGGCGCUGCCGCCCGAGGCUCAGCUGGCUGCUGACGCUGAGGUGCUCGGCGAGCACGAUGACACUCCCACCACAGAAGACCUGGUCGAGGCGUCUGCCAAUCAGGAGCUGGAUAAGUCUCCGAGUGCAGCACUGCGCGUCCAGGAAGCCAUCCUGAAAGAACUGACCAAUGAGGAUGUACACAAGGUGACCUGCUACGACCAGGAUGUGGUGACAGAAAUGGAGGCGGAACCUAAAGAGCUGGGGGCAGAGCACCACGCCACACAAACGCUGACAUUUGCAGACAGUAUGGGGGAGGUGAAGGACGAGCAGCCGCCCGGCUGGUCGACGGCCACAACCGACAUGAAGUUUGAAUAUCUGCUGUACGGACACCGAGAGCAGCUCGCCUGCCAGGUGUGUGGGAAGACCUUCCUGGACGAGAGCAGACUCAGGUACAAAACAUCUGGUCAACAUGGUCAACACACCUGACCAACACACUAACAUACCUGACCAACACACCAACACACUUGACUAACACACCUGACUAACACACCUGACCAACACACUUGACCAACAC